AUGUCCGUGUCCGACCGACGUGUCAGUCUCGUCUUCGAGGGCUCAGAAGGAACCUCCAGCCUCUUCAUGAAGAUCGGCGGCCUUCUGCAACAGCGCGGCUAUCGCGUCUCCAUGGUCGGCCCAGUGGACUACCAAGCACGUGCCCAGAAUUUGGGGUUGGCCUAUGUGGCCCUCCCAGGUCUGGAGUACAAGACGAUCAUGACACACUCCCGCGCGGUGGAGGCGGUGGGUGCUGGCGACCUCCCAGCCCUGGUGCACUUCCUCGACGAAGAGCAGAGCAGAAUUCAGGAGCAGAGUCUCUACACUCUUUGCCAGGCCUUGAAAGGGUUCGAGCCAGGUCUCGUGCUGUGCUCCAGUCGGCCCUUGCACUACGCGCUGGCCAUCGGCAACGCGCUGUGCCUUCCGGUGCUGCAGCUGACCUUCCAAUCUCCAGCGAUUCAGGGAGUACCCAUGGUGGGAGACUACCUGGACCAGCCGAGCUGGUACGGCCAAAAGGAACGCCAAGUCGCGAAGUUUUUGAGUAAGAGCGAAUCGCAGGUCGGAGCUCUGUUUGGCCAGUGGCUCGGAGCCGCCGCCAAGUUCUGGCCCACGCCACGUCAGCUGCUGGCCUUGGCGGGACCGCAGCCCGAAUUCCCACUGCUGCAAUCCCGGAGCAUGACCAGCAUCUUCGCCGAGAUGCGCUCCUGGUGUCCUGACAGGUACUUCGAGACGCCGAAGCUCAACAUGUUCAGGCAGCUGCCAGACAACGUGUGGGAAGUGCUCCCGUUCCACAUCGAUCUCAUGUCGGAGCUGACGUUGCCAGAAUUCUCCAAGGAAGAGUCCCUGAUGAUUGAGAGCCUGAUGACCACGGACGAGCAGCCUGUGCUUUUCACCUUUGGCUUCCUCACAGCUGGCCAUGCAGCGGAAACGACGCAGCUGUGUGUGCGGUCUCUGUACAGCACCCAGUUGAAGGGCAUCAUCGAAGCAGGUCCCACGGGCCUUUGCCUGAAUCACCUCGACGGCAUGGGACAGGAAGAAAGCAUCCUCAAGGAGUACUGCGAGCGGAAUGUGGUCUUAGUGAAGAGCGUCUGCCUUGCCAGAAUUCUACCCAGGGCCUCGGUGGUGGUUCACGAUGGUAGCACCUUCCUGAGCAGGUUCUGCAUGGAGAACAACCGCCCUCAGAUCGUUCUGCCCGUCUUCGGCGAGGGGCAGACGAACGCGAGCAAUGUCGUGAACCUGUGGAUUGGCCGUUCCUCGCCGAGUCUUCAGAGUACGACGCCGCAGUGGCUAGCCGACUCCCUGUACCGCAUUGCCUUCGAGCAGGACACAGGCUUCUUCUACGACUACAAGUGGAUGUGGGAGCGAUUUGAUGAAGAGUUUUUGAAGAACUUCAUCAAGAGCCCGAAGGGCGUCAAGAUGAGCAGCUUCAUCAACUACCGGUGGCAGAGCUGGAAGACGAGCAACUACUUGAAGUUGACAAGCGGCCCGGGGGCGCGUGACGAGGCUUUCGCCUCAAAGCUUGGCGACUACUGGGAGAAGUCCAUCUCCACCGGCAUUCACCUGCAGCGCAUGGAGGACAUUCGGGCCGCUGUGGGGCGACGUUGCUGUUGUGGCCCUGCAGCCGCCAAGCGCGUGCAGGAAGAGCCGUGA